CUAUUUGAAUCAUUGACCGCUUAAUUAGCUAGGUUCCUCAAAUAUCUCAAUAAAAUAAAUAGAUUGUCUCAAUUAAAAAUACAACUAAUUGCUGCAAAAACAUCUAAUAAUAAUUUAUCCAGAAUUUUCGAGUAACGUACCUACCUACUCGGGAAAAUAGGCCGUAAUAUCAAAACCGUUCUAUAUUUAUCAGCGCUGUUGACGAAACGCCAAGUCUAUCUAAAUUGUACGUAUAUAAACCAGAAAUCGGAUUUGUGGUAUAAUAAAACUUGUGAAGUACAUACAAACAUAAAAAGAACGUUUUAAUUGCACCCAGAAAUGGAUUUAUUUGAAGUUAGAAAAAACGACAAAGUCGGAAGGUAUGCAGUGGCAAAGAAAGACCUCAAAGCUAGCGAUGUUAUUCUAACAGAAACCCCUUUCGUCUACGGUCCUAAAUCAGAUAGCCCAGUCGUUUGCCUGGGUUGUUACAACUUCCUAGAAACCCUCAAUGUUUGUUCAAAAUGUUCUUGGCCCGUCUGUAACAGCGAAUGUGAGAGCCAAUCGACACACAAAGAUUUCGAAUGUGAAACGUUCUCCAAAGCCGGCGUAAAAUUCCAAAUCGUUGACGAUUUAUCCGAAGUAAAUCUUCAGUACGAAUGCAUCACUCCACUUAGGCUUCUACUAGCCAAAGAAAAGAACCCGACCAGAUGGAAAGAAGAAAUCGAACACAUGGAGGCCCACAACGACAUCCGCAAACAGCGCCCCAUCUGGAACUUCAACCAGCAUAACGUCGUGGAAUACCUUCGAUCGGCCUGCAAACUGGACCGGUUCCCCGAGGAACUGAUUCACACCGCUUGCGGAAUUCUCGAAAUCAACGCCUUCGAGGCCAGAACGCCCGAAGGCAAUGCCAUCAGGUGCCUGUUCCCUAAACUGGCCAUAUUGUCUCACAGUUGCGUCUCGAACAUCCAUCAUGCCAUCGAUGGCAAAGGAAAUGGCAAUGUCGACGAUUUCAGCGUGACGGUAAGGGCCGCUGUCGACGUACCAGCUGGUGGAGAGCUCCACAGUAGCUACACCUAUUCGUUGUGGCCGACGCUCGUCCGAAGGGAGUUCCUCAGGGAGAGCAAAUAUUUCGAGUGCACGUGCUCGAGGUGUCGGGAUAAAACUGAAUUGGGGACGCAUUGUGGUACUUUGAAAUGCCAACGGUGCGACAAUGGAGUUAUCCUAUCCACGAAUCCUUUAGACGACCAAUGCGAAUGGAAAUGCACGCAUUGCGAGUACAAAACCAACGCUGUAGCGGUGAGGAAAGUGUUCGCUGCUAUACAAGAAGAUUUGGAUCAAGUGGAAUAUGUUUUCGGAGCUGAGGGUAUAGAAAGUCGCGAAACGCUCUACAAAAAGUACAAAUCCGUGUUGCAUCCUAAAAAUUCUUACAUGACGAUCCUGAGAAGCGCUCUCGUUCAACUCUAUGGUAAGGCUGAUGGUUACACGUUAGACGAUUUGCCGGAUUUGAUAUUGGAGAGAAAAGUCGAAUUGUGUAACCAAUUGCUUGAAGUACUCGAUGUUAUUGAGCCCGGAUAUUCAAGAAUUAGAGGUGUAAUAUUCUUCGAACUUCACGGUCCUCUGAUGGUAUUGACGAGACAUCAGUAUCAGAACGAAGUGAUCAGUAAAGAGAAGUUCAAGGAAGAGCUGAGAAAAACCAUCGAUAUUUUAGGAAAAUCCGUGAGGAUUUUGAAGCAGGAAUCUUCAUCUUUGCCGGAGGGCCAGUUGGCUAUAGUGGCAGAGCAGGCGUAUGAACAGCUCAAUAACAAUUUCGAUGUUUUGGUAGAAACUGCUUGAAUAUAAGACAUGUCGUUUACCGUAUUACAAGUAUUAUUUUCAAUAAAUAAAGUUUGUUUAGUAUACUAAUUAUUAUUGUGGUU